ACAUCCAUCUAGGCGUCGGGACGCGCUUAUUCCUGAAACUCACAUUAGAAGUGACGCACUCUGUGAACUGAUGGUGUGAAGAGAAGACGCUCAAGUUUUUAGCAGGAAAUUUCGCGCGUGCUUUAAACCACCUGUUACUUGUUGCAGGACGAGCCUGAUUUGUGCAAAUAUUUCCUGAAUCAUGUAUGGAAUGCUAUUGGAAAGUGUGCAAUAUUUUGUACAGCAAGAAUACGGAGAUGAAAUCUGGCAAAAGGCACUUGUAAUGGCUGAGUGUAAAUAUGCAGUUUUUAACACUCACCAGGUUUAUCCGGAUCAUAUAAUGAGCAACAUUGCCUCAGCUUUAGCCAAACUCACAUCCAAAUCUUACGACAGCUUCAUGAACUUCUUCGGGCACUGUUUUGUAAGAUUUUUCAGCAAUUAUGGGUAUGAUGCAACGAUUAAAGCCACAGGACGAAAUUUUACUGAUUUUCUGGAAAGUGUCGACAACAUUCAUUCGCAGUUUAGAUUAUCCUAUCCUAAGAUGAAAAGCCCAUCGAUGUACCUUACGAAAGUAGAUCGCAAUGGGUGCAUUCUGGUUUAUCGAAGCAAAAGAAUGGGGUUUACGCAUUAUUUAAUGGGUCAGUUGGAUCAAAUAGCAACGGAAAUCUACAACUUAGAACUGGAAUGCCAAGUAUUGUCGACCGAAACUGGAGAAGUUGAUGGCAAAACUAUUGUAAUUGUGACUUUACGAUUGAACUUUGAUAAUACGCACUAUAUCUUGGCAAAACAAGUAAAAGAAGAGGCGCAUUUGAGGACUAUAAGUAAACUGCCACCAUUUAAUUGCGAUUUACUUUUAGUUCUCUUCCCGUUUGCCAUACUAUUCGACCCGGCCAUGUCCAUUGUGGCCAUUGGAGAGAAACUUACCCAAGUGGCUGAAGGAGGCCAUAAGCUUUUGGGACAACCAGUCUCCAAAUAUUUCCGCUUACGCAGACCCAAAGGCAUUAACUUCACUUGGAAAAAUUGCUUCUAUUUGAGAUCAGUAAUGUUCGAAAUCGAAGUGCUUCGCACCGAAUUCACCAAAGUACAUACCGAUAAUAAGGAAUUGUUGGUGGAAAAAGUGGAAAACUUGAGCGAUUCCAUUGAGGUUGAUGGAAAGAACAUAUCGCCUUACGCGUCUCGCAGAGAUAGCCAGCCUGGCGUGAAAAAUAUUCUCCUGAAGGGUCAAAUGCUGUAUUUGACCGAUGUGAUCGGGAUUAUUUUCCUCUGCUGCCCGGUAGUUAAUGAUAUAGGCGAAUUGCCUGAUCAGGGACUAUAUCUGAAUGACAUGAAUCCUCAUGGGUUAGCCAAGGAAUUGGUUUUGGCUGGUUGGCAGAAUAAUUCCAAGCUGGAGCUGAUGUUCGAUAAAGCUGAGCAACGGGCCUCGGAGUUGGAGACGAAUCUCAGCUUGUUGGAAGUUUGGAAGAAGCGUGGAGAUGAUCUUUUAUACUCCAUGAUUCCCAAGCCAGUUGCUGAGAAACUUCGAGCUGGCAAUAGUCCUUUGAGCACUUGUCAGACCUUCGAUUCAGUUUCUGUGAUGUUUUGCGAAUUAGUCGGCUUCAAUUCUUCAACAGUUGAAGAUGCGAUGGAACUGGUCAGCACAAUGAACGCCGUCUUUUCCUGCUUCGAUUCCCUAAUGGAUACGUUCAACUUAUAUAAGGUAGAAACAGUGGGGCAGAUUUAUAUGUCGGUGUGUGGGGCUCCGGAAGAGACGCCCCUUCACGCACGAAAUGUUUGUGAUGCCUCACUUUGCAUGACUCGUCAUGUUAAGCAGCUUCAGAUUCCUUCCGGAACCAAAGUGGAUGUUAGGAUAGGGGUUCAUUCUGGACCAGUAGUAGCAGGUGUGGUGGGCAUAAAAGUUCCACGAUAUUGCUUUUUUGGGGAUACUGUUAAUACUGCUUCAAGGAUGCAAUCCACUAGCUCGCCUGGAAUGGUUCAUAUAUCAGAUUCCACUAAGAAACUGUUACCGAAAGACAAAUAUAUCAUCCGAAAUCGUGGUGUUGUUAAAUUGAAGGGUAAAGGUGACAUGGAAACAUACUGGAUAUUUGAGGAUGAUCUCACAGAUGGCAUUGACUGAAUCCAUUUUUGUGUAAAAAAUGUGAUCUCAUUUACCAACGAAAUCUAAUGUUCAUUAUUCUUAAACGUAUUGAUAAGGUUCAUAUAUUUACGCUUACAUUAGAGACCAAGAAAAUAGUUAGUAAGCUUUCCAUGUCCUAGUUUUUUAAUGUUGAAAUAUAAUAAUUGUUAUUUUUUUACAGGUAGGUAUAGUUAGCUUUCUUGAGAUUUUGUCCAAAUUUUUUUCUUCUGGUUUAACGUAUAUAUUUUUUCUUUGAAUGUUUGAAAGAACGGUUUUUAUGACAUCUUCAAAGCAAAUGCAUUGCUUUCUCUCUUGAAUGUUAAUAAAAAUAUUUUACUGCAA